AGAAAAACAGAGCAUUUUUUUUUUUCAUUUCCAACCAAAAAUCCAUGCCUCUUUCCUCCAUUAACGGUCACUUUUUUUUUUUAAAAUUCCUUCGUUAAUAUCCAAAAUCAUUAUUAUAUAUCAACCUGCCUGGGAUCUCUCUGAUUCUUCUCUUCCUUUCUUUCCUUUUACUCUUCUUUCACACUAUGAAAAUUUCACAGCCGACCCAUUCGUUUUGAAGCAUAAAUAUAUUAUAAAAAAAAAGGCCUUGACGUAACCAGCAAAAAUUUCCCAUAAGCAAGCUUCCUGCUCUCGUUGACAUAGCCAUUUAUAUUUGUUUAUGAAAUUGGGUUGUUGAAUCUGAUCUGGGUUUUUGUUAUAGUUAGAGAAGGAAAGAUGUUAACGUGCAUAGCUUGUUCAAAGCAGCUAAACGAUAACAAUGGAUCUGUUGGACGUCAACAGGAUGAAGAUACUUUGGAAACACCUAGGACUAGGCAAGCCAUUAAGGCUCUCACUUCUCAGAUCAAGGACAUUGCAUUGAAAGCAUCAGGGGCUUAUAAAAACUGCAAGCCUUGUUCUGGUUCAUCAAACCAUAACCGGAACUAUGCCGACUCCGACGCCGCCUCAGACUCGGCACGUUUCCAUUGCCCUUACCGAAGAACAGGAAGCCCCACUCCUCGAAUGUGGGGCAAAGAGAUGGAAUCAAGACUAAAAGCACUUUCCAGUGCAGAAGGUACCCCAACAUCCGUUAGUGGCCGUACAGAAUCAGUGGUGUUUAUGGAGGAAGAUGAGCCUAAGGAGUGGGUUGCUCAAGUGGAGCCCGGUGUUUUAAUCACUUUCGUCUCACUGCCUGAAGGAGGGAAUGAUCUGAAACGAAUUCGAUUCAGGCAGUACAGUGAUUGGCAAAUCUACUGUGACAUAAACAUUAAAGGCCUAAAUAAAUGUUUUCUUCACAUGCUAUGUAGUCGUGAAAUGUUUAAUAAAUGGCAAGCUCAAAGGUGGUGGGCAGAGAACUAUGACAAGGUCAUGGAAUUAUACAAUGUUCAACGCUUCAACCAUCAAGCAGUCCCAGUUUCAACUCCCCCAAGAUCUGAAGAUGAAGGCUCAAGAAUUGAAUCAGCUAAGAAUAGUCCUGCGACUCCACCACUGAACAAAGAGCAGCCACGCAACUUUGUGCGACCAACAGGAAUGGGCUACUCUUCAUCAGAUUCCCUAGACCAUCAACCCAUUCAAUCCCGUCAAUACUAUGACUCAGCUGCACUUGCUUCAACACCAAAACUCUCCAGUAUUAGUGGAGCCAAGACUGAGACAUCAUCUAUAGAUGGCUCUGCAAGGAGUAGUUCAUCAAGAGAAGCAGAUCGUUCUGGAGAGCUCUCCAUCAGUAAUGCCAGUGACAUGGAAACUGAAUGGGUUGAGCAGGAUGAACCAGGGGUUUACCUCACUAUUAGAGCACUUCCAGGUGGCUCCCGGGAGCUUAGACGUGUCCGGUUCAGCCGAGAAAGGUUUGGAGAAAUGCAGGCAAGGAUGUGGUGGGAUGAAAACCGAGCCAGGAUACAGCAACACUACUUAUCGUGAGAUUUAGCAAAUCAAUGGAUAGUGGCAAUUUGUCUCCUUUUAUGGUGGUACUGUUUAGACUAUUCUGUGUGCUUUGGGCACAACUAAUCACAAAAGCUUGUCUUUUUACAUAUAUCAACUCUGCUUAGUGUGAGAUUUAAAGGCAAAUCAGUGGGAUAGUGGCAAUUUGUCUCCCAUGGUGUUUAGCAAAUCAAUAAUUUGUCUUUUCUGGUCCAUAUCUGCCUCUUCAAUGUUUCCAAAUGUCAGCUCACCAUUUCGUAAUCAUCCAAGUUUAGUUCAACCUUACUACUUA